GGUUUACGGCACCUGCCCUCGUUGCGCUUGUGGUAGAGGAAGGUGGACGUUAUGAGAGCUUACUUUGGGGACUCUUUCUUUAGUAAGUCUCAUCCCCACAGUAAUUGCUGCUGUCAUUCUGGUUGCCUUGAGGAUGGAUCCAGUGGUACUGAGCUACCAGGACAGUCUUCUGCGGUGCUCAGAUGUGGCACUUUUAAAUGGACCCCACUGGCUCAACGAUCAAGUCAUAGGUUUUGCCUUUGAGUACUUUGCAACAGAGCGCUUCAAAAGUUUGGGCGAGAAGGUCGGUUUCAUCAGCCCUGAAGUCGCUCAGUUUAUAAAGUACGCUUCGUGUCAAGAGGAACUCGCCAUUUUCCUGGAGCCGCUGAGUCUUGCGUCUCGUCGGUGGGUUUUUUUGGCUGUCAAUGACAACUCUAAUCAAUCAGCCGGUGGCUCCCAUUGGAGCCUGCUUCUCUAUCGGCGAGACACCAACCAGUUCUCCCACUACGACUCCCAGAGUGGAAGCAACUCAUUGCAUGCUCGCCGAAUUGCAGCUAAGUUAGAGGCUUUUGUAGGCACUGGAGCGAAAGUGCCCUUUGUGGAGGAGCAAAGCCCCUCGCAGCAGAAUAGCUAUGACUGUGGCAUGUAUGUCAUCUGUAAUGCCGAGGCUCUAUGUGAGAGUGCAAGAGUCGAGGGCUGUCCCCACCUGCCCGCUCAGAUCAUAACACCCACCUACAUUACACGGAAACGGACAGAAUGGUAUUCACUAAUACAGAGACUCACCAAGGAAUGACUAGCUGACCUUUUACAUCAUGCAACUGUAUUGAACUGUAUUAGCCACUGGGCAAAGUGAACACACUUAUUUGUCAUACUCAAUCCUGCACAAAGGAUGCACAAAAUAAACUGCAUUUGAAAACAGCAUGCACUUCUCAA